AGCGGCAAGUCAUACCCGGAUCUCAGAACGAAUGUCCAGCGAGUCAUUCUGGUAGUCAGACAUACUAGCUGGUAUUAAUAUGCAUUAGGUGAUUUAUUGAUAAUUGUAUUGAUCACUAACAGUAAGCAGAAAGUGUACUGAAGCAGAAUAAGAAAGCAACUGCUGCAUGUAGUGUUAGCACACACUUUUCAUAUUCAAUUACACAUUUCCCUUCAAACUCUAAUAAUCUUGCAUUUUCAAGAAGAGUGAGGGAACUUCCUGACACAAUGUGACACAAUGAUAGGGUAGAAUAAGGGUUAUAAAUGGAAUAAUACAUAGGCGCGGCCUUGCAUUAAACCAUUACAAUCAUUGCUAUUUCGCCAAAGUCACGCCACCAUGUGACACCCUUAGAUGAUGUUCGCGUAGCAGACCUCAGGUGUUCCAAGCAUGCUCAUCGUUCUGGUUUUGCUCCUCGUCCCCUUGAGCAUAGCAGGCCAGGCACUUGAACAUGCACUAGUUUCAAAAUUGCAGCUUCAAGGAUGUGAAGUGAGAUUCUUAGAUAAAGUCUUGAUAAGCAUAAACAGCAUAACCUGUAACAACACAGGAUUAAAAAGCGUCCCUCAAAACAUUCCCACAUCACUGUUUGAGCUCCUGCUUCCCAACAAUGCCAUAACUAUCUUCCCGUGUGCGGGGCUCGGGCAGCUGUACAGUCUAAAUCUACGCAACAACAGCAUCAGCUAUGUGGCAUGGAAAUGUCUGAAGAACAUGCAAUCGCUAGCGUAUUUAGAUUUGUCGUACAAUCAAAUCUUCUGUCUCAAUCUCUAUCCUGUUAAGACUUUCCUGGCCAACCUCAGAAAAAUAGACCUUUCCUACAACAAGAUGAAGGUCAUUCCUGUGUGUGAUUUAGGGAUCAAUACGAUGUCGGCAAAGGAGAGGUAUGUACACUAUGAGGUAGCUCUAGAGGGGAACCCUUUCAAUUGUGGGUGUAAGAUGGCUUGGCUCGUUGAUGUCGCGAUACUAGCAGAGCGAUGUAGGCUGCACCAAUUGCAAUACCUUUGGUGUGUGAAUUUUCUGAACGAUAAUCCGUUCGCACGUGAGAUGCUCAAAGACCAGUCCUUGUUCCGCUGCAAAUCACCGCCUGAGCUGGAGAACGUAGAGCUCUAUACAUUGAAUAUCUCCAUGUGCUAUACAUGGAACGAGGCAGACCGAAGUUACAAGCUAAUGGGCCUACAUAAUGCCUGUCCUCUAAACUAUCCCUGUCCAAAAACAGAUAUUUACCAUUAUCGGCUUAAUGUCAACACUUCGACUGCUUUGUCGCCAACUAGCAGUAGUAAAUACUCCUCCAAUACGCCGUUAGACCCUAAACUGCAACAGACUAAAAUAUGUGAGAUAGAAAACACGUCUACCGCAACUAGUGCUACCUUGACGGACGUCAAGAAGGCAACAGCGGCCUCCAGUCAUGUGAAAUUCUCACCGGCAAUGCUCACAGAAAUAUGCGCAAAUGGUUUGACAGAAGUGACACAUGUGACAAACAUGACAGAACCCACAGACAGCCUGGACAUGACAAAGGAGGCACGUGUCGUGAAGAUGACAGAAAUGACACAGGCACACGACAUGACAGAAAUGACACAGGCACUGAACAUGACAGAAAUGACACAGGCACAAGACAUGACAGAAAUGACACAGACACUGAAAACGAUAGAAAUGUCACAGGGACUGAACACGUCAGAAAUGACACAGGCACUGCACAUGACAGAAAUGAACCAUACCCUGGACAUGCAUAUGACUGAAACGACAAAGACCUCACAAAUGAUAGAAACGAAACAGAGUCCAGAAUUGACCAAGAAGCCAGCAAUGACAGAAACGGCGAAGCCUUCAGAAAUGACAGAAACGACUAAGACUCCAGAAAUGACUUUACAAACCAUGCCCUCGACAGAACUGCCCCAAACCCAUGACAAGUCCGCUGGUAUGGGGCCUGGCUGGGUCAUGACUAUAGUAGUUGUUACAGUGAUUACUGUAGUCUGUGGUGUAGUGUUUGCCGUGUAUUGGGUUAUGUUUAGGAGGCAAUCUGGUAAACGUAAAAAUACCUCUCCGGGCGACCAGAGCGAAAUGGCUGAGGGCCAAACUGUUAACAUCAACAGUCAGACCCACCUCGGUGAUCAGAAUACCGACUCUGGCCUGUACGAAACUAUACCUGACACUGCUGACACUGAUGACAGAGACGCGGCUUAUGCCAAGUCGUCGUAUGUUUUCGACAUCCCUCAAUAUCAUCUUAGCGAUAUUGAAAUGAGUGAAAUAUUCAAAGCCAGAGGUAAGAAAGUUUCAGCCGGUCAGAACAAAGAGGGAGAUCAGCAUACCUACGCCAAUAGAACUGUUUCUAUCCCUGAUGGCGUUAAUGAGAUGGCGCCAUACCGUACAUCUUACAUGGCAGAUGUCUUUCCCCCAGGAUCGGGAAAGUAUGUCUAACCGAUGUUACUUGUCGACGAUUGAAUCUUCUUUCCUUAUUGUUUGGUGAUUUUGAGGUCAUAUUCCUUGGUGCAGGGUCCAGGUAUCAGAGCAAAUCCUUUGAUCUGUUGAAGAAUAUCAAAAUGUUCAAUGGUUCAUGAUUCUUAUUUCCUAUAGU